UUUAUAACGCAAGGGAAAAUGCGCUAUGCUUGUAUUCUUAGCCUACAUAUUUGCCUCAAGUAAACCAAGAGAAUUGCUGACACAGAAUAACAGCGAGAAAAAGAUUCAAAAAACUUCCUCUUCACGAAAUACUUUACUGAAAGCAGAAUAUCUACGAAACUUUAAUUACGUGCACAAGCGUGAAGUGCAGCAGAGAAACGUUUCCAAGCAUACUGGCAGUAGUAGAGCAAAUCAACAACACACGUUAUUAAACCAAAAAAGACAUGUCAGGAACACAAAAAAUGAUCAACCAUUACCUGUUAACCAUCCGCUGCUGCUCAGCAUUCACAAUUAGUGAACGGCGACUCGUCAAAGUUCCCCGUAGAUGAGUUGAUUCCGAGCAUUGAUUGCGAGAUUGAUGAGCGUUAUGUGGAAAUUUUGCGCGAGGAUGGUCAAUUAAGCAGCGAAUUAUUUGAUAAAU